AUGCGUGAUUCCAACUACAAAUCUAUAACCAACAACAAAGCGGCGGUUACCAUAACCACAUCCCUCUACGAUCGGAGGGCACUUGACGUGACUUCGGAUAAGCCUCUUGUCAACUCCUUGAAUCACUUAACCUACUUGGUGUCAUCCCUGGCCAAAGUUCGAGAAACUUUGUCGAUGGAUGGGGGUAUUGAAAGACUCAUCGAGAUUUUACACGAGUGCCAUAAUCUGACUUUUAAUGUUGUCGACAACAUUUUCAAUAGCGAACGGAAGCUCUUGACUGCCUGGAAGUGGACUUUGGCGUUCCAGUGUUUGGUUUUGAUUGGGACUAGGGGUACGGAAAAGGUCAGGCUCAGAGUUGUGCAAGCUGGUAUGUUACCUAUCAUUGCCACAGUGUUGGAUAAUUACUUGACUAUUCAUGAACGCUCGUUCAUCUACGCAAAUGGGGACCACUUUACUGGCAGUCAACCUCCUCAAGCACAGCCACAACUGCAGGGUAUUGGUCUGAAUAGUGGUGGUCAUCAACAUCAUCAUGCUCACCAGCAGCGUCAACCGGCUCAAGGAAUCUCAGCACAACAACCACAGCUGCAAGCUGGGCCACUACCAAUGCACCAACACCAAUUCAACAGAGGACAGAUGUUACAACAACACCAUCAACACCAACAACAUCAUCAACAACAACACCAACAACAUCAACAACCACAUCAACAACAUCAACAGCAGCAACAACAACAACAACAACAACAACAACAACAACAACAACAACAACAACAACAACAACAAGAACAACAACAACAACAGCAAACAGGUCAAAUGCCGUUAAACCAAUUCAAUCAGCAGAAUAUCGCCCCACAUACAAUUCCUCCUCAUAAUAUUCAAAAUCUUCAAAACAUUCCUCAGCAAAUUCCUCUACAGGGACAACAGCAACAGCAACAGCAACAGCAGUCUCAAGAGCAACAAAGAGCACACGAUCAUAAUGCCUUCCCUGAAGUAAUUCCUCAUGUCUCAAUCCCUGAGCUAGAACCAUCCACUCUUUCCAUUGCUCGGCCAACUAAUUCUACCUCAUUGGCGGCAAACGAUAGUAUGGAUCUCUUCAAUAAUCAGCUUUCAAGAAUCGAUUCUUAUCCUCAGAAUCAGCUGAGUUCACAUUUCUUCUCUGGUGGACAAAAUCUCACCAGUGAUGACUAUGAUAACCUCACUGUUGAGCAACUUUUCAAGAUCAUCAAAUUGAACGGAUUGCCUAGGACACGCCCAGAAAAUGAAUCUGAACGUCAAGAUAUUACAUCUAUCAAUAACGAUGUCAGAAGAAGGUAUCUCAUAGUGAACAUUAUCCAAAAGCUUCGUAGAGAAAAAGAAAAUGAUGUUUUGGACUGCUCAUGUUAUAAUGAAUGUGAUUACGAUAUGGAUUGUGAUCUUCAGUUCCUUUCAGAUAUGUAUUUGCAAGAGGAACAAACUUCUAAUAAUUACUCGAAUUUUGUCAUCUCUAAGAUUGCUCCGAGAAAUUUCACUGAAACUGGUGUUGUAAUCCCUAGAGACGACGAUAUAGUUUGGUCCUUACAAUUACUUGCGUAUAUUUCCAAGUACCCUUACUUAAAGAGUGACUUACAGAACACUCAUUUAGUUAUAGACAUGAGUAUAAGAGAUAAGCAAGUUAAGUUGUAUUUGGAAAAGCAACUCAAGACUAAAUUGAAAAAGAACUUUCUCAUAGAAUCUAGGCCAAAAGCUAAGCCAAAAUCUAGAAAGAAUAAUAAUAACGCUGCGAAGGGAGAUUCUUACGUCGAAAGAUUUAGAUUAUCUCCUAGUAAUUCUCCUCAAAUGUUGAAUGAUAUCAAAGACCUCGAUGAGGAAACAUUUGUUUUGGACGAUGAAUUCGCCAAGGAACAGAGUAAUGGGGACGAAAAUAGGAAUGGGAACGGAAAUGGGAAUGGAAUUGGGAAUGGAAAUAAUAAUGCUAAUAAUGAAACUAUAGAAAACGACAAUCAUAGACAAGGAAGCAAUAACUCUAACGGUGUAAUAGCAGAUGAUUAUGAUGAGGAGGAUCUUGAUGAACAAAGUUCUGACUCGUUGCUGCUAUGUGGCGAUGAUGAAGACGGAUCUACUACCAAUGCUACUGGUAAUAGUGACUCGAAUAAGAUUGCAUCUGCAUUAGUCAAUUGUGGUACUUGCUCUGAAUUGACUGAAAAUCUGCUCCAAAUAUUGCAUAAUGAUAUUGUUAAAGCUGAGUCAGUCUCUGAUGAAUUGGAGAGGAAAAUUUCUCUCUUCCAUGUUGGGGAAGCUAUCAAUAGAACCGUAGAAGUUGAAAGAAAACAACUUAGCGAAGCUAUUAUGAACAAACGUGAGGAAAAAUUGAAAUAUUUGACUGGUAGGUGGGAUUACGACUCCUAUGAAAAUUUUGACAUUGAUUCAAAUACACAGGAAGAAGACCUGGAUUUUGAUGAUUCACUUGUUGAAUAUAAAAAGGCAAAUUUAUUUCCCAUGGUUGAAAAAUUCACUUUUCUUGCAGGAACUGAUAUGUACUACUGGGCAGGUGUGAUCAUGAGAAACUCCUGUCGAAGAAAUGAGGCUAAGGGUGGAGUAAGACAAUGUGGUAACUUGGAAUGUGGUAAAUGGGAAUCUUAUCCAAGAGAAUUUCUGAAAUGUCGAAGAUGUAAAAGGACUAAAUACUGCUCAAGAGAAUGCCAAAUGCGCGCAUGGCAAUGCCAUCGUAAUUGGUGCAUUCAGAGUAACUCAAGUUCCGGGACUGCGAUGAGUAGUUCGACAACAUCUGGUCCACCGGUACCAGUACAUGCGCAAGAACCAAUGAGAGUUGAUGUUAUGACCCGACCACCAGUCGGGCCCAGCUAA